AUGGAACAAAGGAUAGUUACAAAUUCAACAAAAAGAGAAAUAAGUCAACCAAGGCAACUUUCAAGUUAGACCUUAUCAAAUCCAAAUAGUCAACAACAAGAAUUUCAACAAGGAGAACCUAGUUGGAGAAACAAGUAUAAAGCACCUCAAAAUGAACAAAUUAAGGCGGUCACCACAUUGAGAAGUGGAAAAAUUCGCAACAAUCCAUAUGAAGAAAAAGAGAAUGCAGAAAAAAAACUUGAAAUAUGUGAAGAGAUGGAAAAAACACAUGAGAAUGAAGAGCCAACGAUUGUGGAAGAUGAAGAACAAGAGCAACUACAACAAUUUAAGAAGAUGGUAGAGAUUUUUUCACCAAAAUCCAAGACUGUCCCCUUUCUAGAUGUGCUGAAAUCAAAGCAGAAAAAGAAAUCAGAUGUCAAUGAAAAUUUACGUAAAUUUUUUCAAGAUGUUUAUAUUAAAGUUUCUCUUUUGUAGGUGGUGGAGGAUAUUCCAAUGUAUGCAAAAAUUUUGAAGGAACUUUACAAAUCAAAGAGAGAACCAAGAACUGAAAAAUUAUUUACUCAUGUAAGUGCCAUGUUGCUGAAUCAAAUGCCACAAAAGCUUAAGGACCCAGGUGCGCCUUUAAUAUCUUGUAAUAUUGGUGGAUAUAUUUUUAGGAAUGUAUUGUUAGGUUUGGGUGCUAGUAUUAAUUUAUUACCUGCAUUAGUUUGUUAAUAUUUUCAAGUUUCUAAUUUAAAACCAUCCUCUAUUGUGCUUCAAUUUGCAGUUUUGUCAAUUAAAAAUGCAAAACGAAUAUUAGAAGAUGUAGUUGUAACUAUGAAAGGAUGUUCAUUUCCUGCUGAUUUUGUGGUUUCAGAAAUUAAUUCACAUUCUAAAUUUAGUGAAAUGCCUAUUAUUUUUGGUAGAUCAAUUUUUAAUACUACUCAAAUAAAUAUUGAUGUCCCAACAGGAAUAGCAAAAAUCAAAUGUGGAGAUUAAAUUGUGGAAAUUAAUUUUUUUGAAAGAGCAGAAAAUUUAGCAAGUACAAAAAAAAUUGAGUGACAUAAAAAAGAUUUGAUGCAAACUUGUGAAGUUGAAGAAAUGAAUGAAAUGGAUGAUGUGGAUGAUUGUGUGCGGAAAACUUUUGACAAUCAAGAAAUUAAAUAUUCAUGGGAUUUUGAAGAAUUUCAGGAGCAAUUUGAAGGAGUAUUAGAAGAAGCUGAAAAUACAGAAAAAUUAGAAGAACUUUUUGGAUUUAAGGAAAAUCAUAGUAACAAAAUAAUCCUAAAGUAGAGCUUAAAGAAUUACGUAAUAAAUUAAAAUAUGCAUUCUUAGAACAAGAUCAAUCAUUUCCUAUUAUUAUUGCUACAGAUUUGGAGGAAUAUCAAGAAAUGAGACUACUUGAACUUUGAGGAAAUGUAAAAAGCAAAUAGUUUGGAGAUAUCUUAUUUAAAGGGAAUAAAUCCAGAUAUAUGCACAGAUCAUAUCUAUUUAUAAGAAUGAGCUAAACCUAGUAGACAACCUCAAAGAAGAUUAAAUCCAAAUAUUAUGGAGGUAGUAUAGAAUGAAAUUGUGAAAUGGCUUGAUGCUGAUCUUAUUUAUCCAAUUUUAGAUAGCAAAUGGGUGAGCCUUAUCCAAGUGGUUUCAAAAAAAUCUGGAUUGACUGUAAUAAAAAAUAAAAAAGGAGAAGAGUUUAAAACAAGAUUAACCAUUAGUUGGCGAGUUUGCAUUGAUUAUCGAAAGUUAAAUGUAGAAACUAAAAAAUAUCAUUUUCCUUUACCAUUUUUAGAUCAAAUUUUAUAAAAGUUAGCAGAUCAAAAAUAUUUUUGUUUCUUGGAUGAAUAUUCAGGUUAUAAUUAGAUUUUUAUUUCUUUAGAUGAUCAAGAAAAUACUACAUUUACAUGUCCUUUUGGUACUUUUACUUUUAAGAGGAUGCCUUUUGGUCUUUGUAAUGCCCCAGCUACUUUUCAAGAUUGCAUGAUUUUAUGUUUUUCAGAAAUUAUAGGAAAUGGUAUAGAAGUAUUUAUGGAUGAUUUUUCUGUAUUUGGGACUUCCUUUGAUGAAUGCUUUCAUAAUUUAGAAAAGGCUCUUAAGAAAUGCAUAGAAAAGAAUUUAAUUUUGAGUUGAGAAAAGAGUCAUUUUAUGGUAAAAGGAGUGGUCUUGGGUCAUGUGGUAAGUGAUAAAGGAAUAGAAGUUCUAAAUUACAAGCUCCAACUUCUAUUAAACAAAUUCGUUCAUUUUUAGGUCACGCUGGAUUAUAUAAGAGACUUAUCAAACAUUUUUCAAAAAUAG